AUGGCCACGUCGCACAGUUCGAUAACCUCGGAACGGGGGAGAAAGAUUCUUUGUGUCGGCCUGUGCAACAUCGACAUCAUACAAACGUGCGACACGUACCCGGAAGAAGAUUCAGAUCAACGGUGCCACAGCAGCCGCUGGCAACGGGGAGGAAACGCCUCGAACAACUGUACCGUCCUCGCCAACCUGGGGGCGCCCUGUGAGCUUCUCGCUUCCUUCAGUGACUCGCCGACAUUCCAGUUUGCUCGCGAUGACCUCGCACGGAGGAAGAUCGAUUUCGGCCACUGCGCGUCCCACCCCGAUGCAGAGGUUCCACUUUCCACGGUGUGGCUAAGUCUAGCGACCGGAACACGGACGAUCGUGCACAGCAAUCCCAACUUACCGGAGCUGACGGUGGAAGACUUCGCACGGUGCGAAUUGUCGGACUAUCGAUGGAUUCAUUUUGAGGGCAGACGGAAUACAGCCGCGAUCGUACGAAUGAUCGAAAGGAUCGAUCACUGGAACAAGGCCAUCGUCGACGGGCACACGUCGAAAAUAACGAUUUCCGUUGAGCUAGAGAAGCCGCGUGCAUCGAACCUCGAUCUGCUCGUGGCGGGUAUCGACUAUGUUUUUGUUGGGAAGGAUUUUGGUCGCUUUCUGCACUACGAUAGUGCCCGUGCGGUGGUACUAGGCAUCAAACGAUCGCAUCCUGGCCACUACGCAGUCAUCUGUCCUUGGGGUUCCAGUGAUACGGUCGCCGUCGAUGCGGAAGGCCGUUGGUACAGUCAAUGCACCUACCCACCGGCAGUGAUACGGGACAGUCUCGGAGCUGGUGACACUUUUGUAGCCGGAUGCAUAUUUAAACUGUCCCACGGCACCGAGGCCACGCUGGCAGAUGCACUAGAGUUUGGCUCUCGCUUAGCCGGCGCCAAGUUGGUACAUUUCGGAUUUGAUGGACCGGACGGAGGGGACCCACGGUGCGCAGAGUCGUCGACGCGAUAAAUAUGUUGUUAGCUGUUCGGGAUGUUUUAAUGGUUGACCAUUUCUUCCAUUUUAUUGCUGCUGUCGUAGUCUAUUCGAAAAGAAAUCGAAAACCUUCACAACUCUCUCUCCGUCCGAAGUCGUGACGGGACAACGGGGGACUAUCCACGCGGUUCUCCUUAAAGCACACGCGGUGCAGACACAAAACAUAGCAACCGCGGAAAUACGUAUCGCGGCUGGCUACGAUCGGUUUGUGUGUUGCGCUGUUGAAUAAUGAGCAAACGUUGGGCGUAUUAAGUAAACGGCACGACCGUGUGUGGUCAAAUCAAGGUCCAAAACGGGUUUCCCUCUGACGGUGUUGUUUUUUUGUUAUCUUUUUCUUAAACGAAACUUGUUAUACACUAAAUAACCCACAAAUAAUGCUACAGUGUUUGUUGUUAUAAUCCCUACAAUCGAUCCACACACACACACACACUUGUUUCACACAUGCACACACGUGCGAAAUAUAUUGUUUGCUGCCAAUAAGGAUGCUCCGUGCUGGUGGU